UGCUCUUAAGAAUGCCUUACAUGCUAAAUCAAAAAGCUAAAUGAAAAAAGCACAAGAAACUUACAUGUAUUCUUUGUUUUCGGUUACCGACGAUUUCAUCAUCACAAAUCUCUAUCAUAUACUAUCUAUCUACUUUUAUUUCGACAUCUUACCGCUCAAAUCUCAUAACAAUCCCGUUUAUAUGUCAUCUUGGUUUCUAUACGCUCUAUCUGAUUAAAUAUAAACAUUAAUUUCGAACUCAUAAUUCAUAUCCAUAAUUGCCGAUUUGUAUGAACAGUACUAUAUAUAUUAUUUUUUUCGCCUCUAUACUUAUUACGUAUACUAGAAAAAUUUGAGUUGACGUAUUGGAUAAUUUAUUUAUAAUGUUUCUUAACGGGCGACAUACAUUUUUUUCUGUU